AUUCUGUGGGUGGCCGCCCGCGAGCCUCCACCUGCAUGACACUCAUACCUGACACUGUGCCGGCCCCCGCGCCCCCUCCUCGCCUCUCCACUCUCCCAGCGCACCUCUGCCAUCCGCUAGGGGCUUCUGCGCCCCACCCAAGCCGCCGCAGGACCAAAGGAACCUCUGGUGGCGGCAACGGAGUGUCGCGUCUCCACUGCGAGAGCGAGUCCUUCAAGAUGGACCUUAUUCUUGACAUCAACUCCAUGAUCUACCCCAUGGACUUCGGAGACAAGUUCCGCCUGGUGCUGGCCACGACUCUUCGGGAGGAUGGCUACCCGACGGAUGGUCCUGAGUACAAUCCAUUAGACACGGGGCCAAGUCGCGCAGAUCCGUUCGACUACGUGAUGUACGGAAAGAUAUAUCGAAUUGAAGGCGAUGACGGGCUGCUGGAGACCUCGGGAAGACUGUCAGCCUAUGUAUCCUAUGGCGGACUGCUGAUGCGACUGCAGGGAGACGCCAACAAUCUGCAUGGCUUUGAGGUGGACAAGCAUAUCUAUCUGCUCAUGAAGAAGCUGGCUUACUGAUGCAAGGAGGCCUCUCAGGGAACCCACAGCAGGAGAAAAGGAGGUGCAAGAGGUGAAGGUGGAGUAAUAGGGGAAGGACUGUGGUGUGUUGUAGUGAGUCCUGUUGAUGGGCUACUAAUAUUUAACUUGGUCAGUAAAGUCAUCCAAUAUCUGUUAAUUUCUUGAAGAUUACUGGAUGUGACAUGAGUUUGUGAUUUCUUUUUUUGUGUAAGAAAAUAAAGGAAAAUCCUAAACAGAA